AUGAGUCAACUUCAGCCCAUAAACCCGGCCAUCGGGUGCUUUCCGCAGUUCAUCAACCCGCACCAGGAGACCAAGCUCAUCAUCAAGGAAAAGGUCAUGUCCAUCACCGGCGACGCCUUCGACAUCAAGCUCGACCCCCAGAACGGCCAGCCGCCCCAUCCCGUCUUCAAGGUCGACCCGAGCUGGAUCACCAGCCGCAAGUCCUUCCACGACGUCAAUGGCAACCACCUGUUUGACGUCAAGAAGGAGCACUUUCAUCUUGUUCACAACUACUUCAAGGCGGUUGACCCGAACGGAACGAAGUUCUUUGAGGUUAAGAGCGGGUUUUCUCUCGUCGGCUCCAAGGCCACAGCAACCUUCACCUCGGCCGCAGGAGGGAAGGAGGAGACGCUCUCGAUGAAGGGCAACUGGCGCGACUCGACUGCCGACAUCGUCGACGAGACCAGGAACGCCGUCGUCGCCCGCAUCACCCGCAAGUCCAUGUUCAAGAGCUUCACCACCUUCGCCACGGGCCAGAACGAGUACGGCCUGGCCGUCGCCCCGGGCGUCGACUUUGCCCUCAUGGCCGCGCUGUGCGUGUGCUUUGACGAGUUGAACAACGAGGCAUCGGCUGCUUAG